GGCUGCCUCAUCAAAGGAGCUCUCAGACUCUACAAGUUCAUGACGGAUGUAGCAGAGACCCUGAAGUCCUCAGACCCUGACAGCUUCACACAGACGGACGGACAGACCUGAGGACAACAUAUACUCGUUGGAAAUGAUGUGGCGUGAGGCCAUCAUCUGUUUUUAUCCCCUUUCCCCCGAGGAGUUACGCAGUCGGCAGUUCUGGCGUGCCAUACUUGCAGAGCUGCUCGGCACCCUGGUGUUAGUAAGCACCGUUCUGGGUGCCUCUGCGCCCGGCCCUGCUGGGGAGGCGCCUGGGGGACCCCUGUACCCAGCAGUGGCAGUGGGUGUGGUUAUUGUUGCACUGGCACACUGUUUUGGAGAAAUAAGUGGAGCACAGGUGAACCCAGCUGUGACUCUGGCUCUGUUGGCCACUCGGAAGGUGGAUGUUCUCAGGGCUCUGGUUUAUAUCGCUGCACAGUGUUUAGGGGCCUCUUUAGGAGCCGGGGCCCUCUACUUGGCCCUGCCACUCAAAACAAGCGCAGACCACUUUGUCAACAAGGUUCCUAUAGAGCUGAACGCAGCCCAGGCUGUGGGCAUCGAGGUUUUGUGCACCUUCCAGAUGGUCUUCACUGUGUUCUCUGUGGAGGAUCAGCGACGGAGGGAAUGUACAGAACCAGGAAACCUGGCCAUUGGAUUAGCACACACUGCUGGUGUACUGAUCGGGGCUCGGUUCUCUGGUGCCAGCAUGAAUCCUGCACGUUCUCUGGGUCCAGCCAUCAUCACUGGCUUCUGGGAAAACCACUGGGUUUACUGGAUCGGACCAGUGGUUGGUGCUGUACUGGGUGGAAUGUCCCACGAGUUCUUCUUUGCUCGCAGUGCAUCUCGCCAGAAGCUGGUCGCAUGUUUGACCUGUAAGGACAUUGAAAUCGUGGAGACGACCAGCAUGACCGGCUCAUCUCUAUCCACAGUCACACAGAACGCCAUGAGAGCCAAGCACACCAACAAACAAGAAAACAACUGAGGACAAAUGCAGGAAAAAAAAUCACAUUGAAACACCGACAUCCUGCAGUAAUACAGCGAUUUUUAUGGAGAUGCAUGGUGUGCCAUUCAUCAAUCGUGUAGAUCAGGCUUGACAGAGGUGAGGGCCAAAGAAAAGGGAGAAGCUGUGCAUUAAUAAAUUAGCAUUAAUACAAAAUGAUACAGUACCUGCCAGUGAUUCAAGUGAAGGAAACAUUUUUUCAUCCUAGAUUUAAUUCUGAAUUCUACACGUAAAAAUUAUCGAGGAAUGGCUCCUGUCAGUGUGAUAUUAUUGAUGCAUUAACAUCAGAUAAAGUCUGAUGCUCUGCUUUAGAUGUCAAAAAGUCUGUCACUGAGAUGAGUCAAUAUAUGGGUAAUAUAAGAUUUCUACCCCCAAACAGCCAUAUUAGUAUUGAGAUUAACAUAGAAUCAAAGUAACUAGUAGGCUAACUACAGCUGACGGACGUGGGUGAGUGAAAAACCACAAUAUGGCAGAAAU